AUCGGGUAUCAGCUAAAAUGCCGUCUAGCUAGAUCACAUUUUAGAUGCAGAAUUGUCUGCAGUUAGUUGCACGCUAGAUCAAGACCCCCUACUCGCUUUAAGGUAUAUUAGGCGACGGGGCUACUAGAUCAAACUUUCUUUUGUCAGGAAGGUUAGCGUUAAUGUAGGCUAUUGUGCUCCUAUACUGAGAACAUCAACACUUUCUUACUUUGCAACUUCUUUGCUGGGGAGACAGAAAUUAAGAAGAAGUAGAAGUAUAUGCGGAAGAGUUGGUGAGAUCUAGGUUAUGUGGUGUGUGGUAAACAUUUACCGUUAUUUUGGUCAGCUAGGUUUCAGAGGUUGCGUUUGUGUUUCAACUUUCUGGGUGUUAACAACAGCAUGUUUGCUCACUGGCGUUUUGUUGAGCUGUGUUUUAUGAGCAAUCGCAAGAUAGAAGACGCUGGUGUUAAUUAAUGUGUAUUAGAGCAUUGUCACCUGGCAAUCUGUCUGUAGAUGCACUGCCUUACUUAAUCAGUUCACGUUUCUUCACGCGUUCUUGCCAAGGUGGCUCCUCUUUCAAUCGGAUCAAGUCUUACAGAAGACGACAAGAUUAGCCUAGUUAGUGCGCUCAACGCAGGAUUCGUGUUAUUUUCUCCCUGCGCGCGAUUCAUCUGCUCCAUGCUUUGAGCUGUCACCGCCACGCGUCCCUGAGAUGCCUCUCGGUCAACCGAGAAGAGAGCGCAGUGGCGGAGUGUAGAAAAGCUAUUUCACGACCUUUGUUCGCCUGGGGUCCUGCGUGUAGUUCUCCGUAGCAGCCUGCAGGGGGCAAGCACAAGCGGCCUCUGCCCCUCCUCCCCUCCCUCCCUCCGGCUGCCAGAGACCCAGCCCCCCUGUUCAUGGAUGCCCGGCUGGGCCUGCUGCACGCUGGGGCUCUUCUGCUCCCCCUACACCUACACCUCCACCUCCACCUCCUCCUCCUCCUCCAGCUCCUCCUUCCCCUGAGGACCCUGGGGGGCCACGCCACCACCGCUGCAGGCACCUACUCCAACUCCUGGGCCGUGCACAUCGCCGGCGGCGCCCAUGAAGCCGAGAGGAUCGCCAGGAAACACGGCUUCGUCAACCAUGGCAACGUAUUUGGUGAUUACUAUCACUUCCAGCAUCACUCUCUGGUGAAGAGAUCUCUCUCUGCUCAUCGGGGACUUCAUGUUCGACUGUGCUCCGAACCACAGGUGCUGUGGCUUGAGCAGCAGGUGGUGAAGCAGAGAAGACGGAGGCAGGUGUUCACUGAGCCCUCUGACCCAAAGUUCUCCCAACAGUGGUACCUGUCUAACCCGAGCCAUCGAGACCUGAAUGUGAAGGAGGCGUGGGCACAGGGCUACACUGGGAAGGGUGUAGUGGUCACUAUCUUAGAUGAUGGCAUAGAGAAGGACCACCCUGACCUGGCAAAAAACUACGAUCCAGAUGCCAGUUACGAUGUGAAUGACAGAGACCCGGAUCCACAGCCUCGUUAUACACAGCUCAAUGACAACAGGCAUGGGACACGCUGUGCCGGGGAGGUGGCCGCCGUCGCUAGCAACGGCAUCUGUGGUGUGGGUGUGGCUUACAAUGCCAAGAUUGGAGGCGUGCGUAUGCUGGACGGCGAGGUGACUGACGUAGUGGAGGCACGCUCCCUGAGCCUCUACAACCAGCACAUCCACAUCUACAGCGCUAGCUGGGGACCCGAGGACGACGGCAAGACUGUGGAUGGCCCUGCCAAGAUGGCCAAGGAGGCCUUCCAAACAGGGGUCGCAGAGGGCCGUGGCGGGCUGGGCUCCAUCUUCGUGUGGGCGUCGGGUAACGGCGGCCGUGAGCGGGACAGCUGCAACUGCGACGGCUACACCAACAGCAUCUACACGCUGUCCAUCAGCAGCACCACCCAGCUGGGCAGAGUGCCCUGGUACAGCGAGGCCUGCUCCUCCACCCUCGCCACCACCUACAGCAGCGGAGGCACCGACGAGAAACAGAUAGUGACAACAGAUCUGCAUCAGAAGUGCACCGACUCCCACACAGGCACCUCUGCCUCUGCUCCGCUGGCCGCUGGAGUCAUCGCACUCGCUCUGGAAGCCAAUAUGAACCUGACGUGGAGGGACAUGCAGCACCUGGUGGUGCACACCUCACGCCCCGCCCACCUCAUCGCCAGCGACUGGAAGACCAAUGGGGUCGGCCGGAGAGUGAGCCAUUCGUAUGGAUACGGGCUGCUGGAUGCCAGUGCUAUGGUGUCUCUGGCUCAGAACUGGACAAGCGUUGGACCUCAGCACCAGUGCGUCAUUCACCUGCUCUCUGAGUCCAGGGAGUUCCAGGCACCCCUGGUGUUCAGUAAGAGUAUAGACGCGUGCUCGGGGCAGGCUGAGUUUGUGAGCUCCCUGGAGCACGUUCAGGCGCGCCUCACCCUCUCCUACAAGCACAGGGGCAACCUGGCCAUCCAUCUCAUUAGCCCACUGGGGACGCGCUCCACACUGCUGCAUCCCAGGCCCCAGGACACAUCCGCUGAUGGCUUUAACGACUGGGCCUUCAUGACCACGCACUGCUGGGACGAAGACCCCCGUGGGGAAUGGACCCUAGAGAUCCAGGAUGCCUCGGGACUCAGUAACUAUGGUAUGCUGUCUCAGGUCACUCUGGUUCUGUACGGUACUGGUUCUAGUGCUGCUGACCCGGCCGUCUCAGAGCUCAGCCGUCCGACCAACAACAGCUGCAAGACCUUCGACCUGCAGCAGAUCUGCAUCGAGUGCAGCGCGGGCUUCUCGCUCUUCCUGCAGGGCUGUGUGAAGGUGUGCCCGGCCGGCUUCAUCGCAGGGCUGCAGCAGCUCAAUCUGUCUCUGGAGACCUGGGUGGAGCAGUCGUCGGUCCAGGCCUGCCUGCCCUGCCACUCGUCCUGCCUGACCUGCUCCGGGCCCGGCCCCUCCGACUGCCUCUCCUGCCCCACACACAGCCACAUGCUCCUGGGCGCCUGCCUUAACCAGAGCCCAGUCCAGCGCAAGUCCCCCGGCGGGCCCGCCGCGUCUGCAGGGGAAGGGGCCAGUGGCGGGGUGGAGAAGGGAGGAAGAGGGAAGGGACCGUUCCAGCCGAUACCCCGGGAGCCGUCGUCCAGCCACCUGCCCGCUCUGGUGGGCCUGCUCAUCUGUGCCUUGGCCCUGGCCGGCGUGGGCGGCGUCUUCCUGCUGCUGCAGUGGCGCUCUGACACCGGCGCCUCCAGUGGCCGGAGGACUAAACUGCCCUCGCUGGCUUCGGCCGGACUGGGGCUUGGUUUGGGACUGGGGGUGCGCGAUGGGGGGCCCAGGGUGUUCUACAGGGGGAUCCCCACGGUGUGGGGGGACGAGGAGCUGGCCGACGGAACCUGCUGCCGAGUCGACGGCGACUCAGAGUCGGAGAACGAGGAGUUUGACUGCCAGAGCGAGCGGACGGCCUUCAUCAGGACUCAGAGCUCUCUGUAGCAACGCUGCUGCCUAUGCUGCUGCACCUCCUCCUCCUCCUCCUCCUCCUCCUCCUCUUCACCCGCAGGGAGCAAACCUCUGACUCUCUCCCCAUCUGCUUCUAGCUCCUGCCAUCCUGCUCUUGCUCUCCAAAUCCAGAUGCACCUUACCCCUCUCUCUCUUUUUAUGACACUCUUCUUCCCUCUUUUCCCCUCUCUCUCUCUCUCUCUCUCUCUCUCUUCCCUCUGGCACUUGUUUUGGAUGAACAAGUGAACA